AACAGGAAACGUUCAGGCUCCGGUGAGGUUGGAGCCCCGCGCAGCAUCAUGCCUGAGAGGGGCCGAAGUAACUUGAGGACUCCCGGCUUCCUGCUCAUCUUCUCCCUGCUUCUUGGAAAGCACUGGGGUUUAAAAAUAGAUGGAGAUUAUUCUGGAGAAGAGCCAACCACCUUCGAAGAAACAACCACCCCGGCCCUGGUGCAUGUGCCCUCUAUCACAGAUCAAGGAGAAGACAAUGCCCCCACAGUGCAGGACGCCAAAGUUCCACGUAUGACUCCCUCAUCUGUGUCAGAGGGGGAGGGUGUGCUGAGCCCAGAGAUUCUGCUAAUGGUCGGGUUGCCCCUGGUGUUACUGCUCCUGUUGUCUCUGCUGGUGGUAUUCCUAGUAAGAAACAAUAAAAGAAGAAAAUCCAAGCCAGUGCCUUCAAAUCAGGGAUCUCAAAGUGCUUUACAGUCAUAUGAACUAGGCAGUGAAAACGUCAAAAGCCCUAUCUUUGAAGAAGAUACUCCCUCUGUCAUGGAAAUAGAAAUGGAAGAGCUGGACAAAUGGAUGAACAGCAUAAACAGAAAUGCUGAAAGUGAAUGUCUACCCACAGUCAAAGAAGAAGAGAAGGAGUCAAACCACAGCCCAAGUGAUGCUGAAUCCUGAAGGUGAACAGUGCCCAUGUUUUUCCAAGAGGAACAGCCCACAAGGGAGUCUGCAAAGCCUGCCAACAGAGGAUGAAGUGGAUAAGAAUUUAAUUAAUUUCAAAUAACUAUAGACACAGGA